CAAUUGUCUUCUUAUCCAGCGUAUGAGUCAGCCAGGUUUAGGGAAAUUGUAGUUGACCACCUUCGUGCAUUUCAUUCUUGAACCGCCCUGCGGGCGAGUCUUCGCGGUGCGUGCCUGUCAGUCGUCGUGUCGACGAUGGUGCUUCACGUGCACCCGGAUUGCAUAAACGCGAGCAACUCGUACCACGAGUGCACGGACUACUGCUUUCGGAAGAUCGCCGAGCGGAAAGGCACACUCGGAGCGACAGCAGCUCCCAAAGGCCAGGCACCGUCGCAGCUCCCUACUUCCUUCGGCAGACAGGACAAAUUCAAACGGAAAUACGACGCUGACGGCGAUGAUGACGGAGUCAGACGGAAACCGGCAGUCGGACCUGGAGAGGAGGACCUAUCUGUGGUCGCAGCCCAGAGCACUCGGCAAUCCCGAGGCCGGCAACCUCAACGUCGAGAUUCGCCAGAUCGGACGGCUAAGGAUGACCGGCUGGCGGAAGCGGACGUGGUGGAUGUUCCGAGCUACGAGGGGAUGGACGCCCGGCAGAAGAAGCUGUUCGAGAUACGCCUCAAGCUGAACCAAGCGCGGAAGGCGAAUCAGACGGCGGUAGUCGCGGAGAAGCGGCGGGAGGAGAAGCCGGAGGAGGAGGAGUCGCGGGGAGUGAGCAAGGCGGCGUGGUUCGAAGAGAAGAAGCGCAAGAUGAGCAAGCAGCUGGAGGCUGGAGGAUUGGAUAUUACCAAGGCGUAUAUGCUGGAGACGCAGGAGGCGGCGGAGACUAAGUACAAGAAGUGGGAGAAGAAGGAGGCUCCGUUCGGCUGGGACGUGUUCAACCAGCGCGCGCUCUACAACGCGUACAAGAAGCGCACAGACAACAUCCCGUACACCGAGGAGGAGUACCUCAAGGCCAAGGAGAAGGACCCCGACUUCUACCGCGACGACGCGAGCCUGCAGUACGGCAAAGCGACAGAAAUCCCAGAGGAGAACGUCGACCGGAUGGUGGCGGAGCUGACUGACCGAGCCAAGAGCCGCAAGGAGUUCAGCCGACGGAGACGGCACCAUGACGAGAAGGACAUUGACAGCAUCAAUGACCGGAACGAGCACUUCAACCGGAAGAUUGAGCGCGCGUUUGGGAAGUACACGGUGGAGAUUAAGAAUAACUUGGAGCGGGGGACUGCGCUGCCGGAUUGAGACAUGGGAGGUAAAUCUGCAAAAACUGCUGCCGCAGCCUCUUUUAGAGUGCAUACAAUUCCAGAUUCGGUCCUUCACGGCUUGGUGGUCGGUUUCUUUCUGCCUUAUUUUGCACCUUCUGUAAAUACUCGACAGUGUGGUAGAUGCCUUGUUUUUAGCCGACUCACUCUGGUCUGAAGUCCGUUGGUCAAUUAGACCAUUUCCCCUUCUCCAGGACAGAUGUGGUACAUGACACACCGGUACUCUACUGGUAUGCUCCUCGCUACCUGCAGCAUCCAGGUGGUACUGGUACGGUACUCCAAAAUUUCUUGUACAAAUCAUUUGCGAUCAGGAAAUUCUGGUCCAUACAGCGCAGCUUUUGAAAAGCGUCAAUGUGCAAGUACCCUUAUUUUGCUUGUCGAGUUGGUCCCAUUAUUUUGCUUGUCGAGUUGGUCCCAAAACGAUGUGGCGAGGGUUCUUCCUGCAUCCAUGUGCCGAGGCCUACCGUAAAUGCCAAGAAGUUCCACCAGUAGGAAAGUUGGUUGGGUAUGUGGACUAGA